AUGGCGUUGGAGUGGUGUGAACAGAGAGUUCAGAAUCCAGAGAUGGCAGGGAAUCCAGCGGCCUACAGCUGGCGGUGGAUGUCCAACUCCCCCAAUGUUUCGGAGGCCUCGAAGAGGGUUGUAGAAAUUAGCGCCGCUGCUGUCAGACACUGCUCCAUGUUAGCCGAGGAUGAGGAACAAAUAGCUGCCUUGGGAACCUUCACUGUGGAGAACAUCCUAUCCAACAUCUUCUUGGUGCGUUGCCAUGACUACGUGGAGCUGCUGGCUGAACUCCACCUUCUACCCACCUUCCUGCAGAAGCAAACCAAGGUCCGCCUCCUUGUCAUUGACAGCAUGGCGUUUCCAUUCUUGCAGCUGUUUGACGACCUAUCUGAAAGGACACGCCUCCUCCGAGGCCUUGCCCAGCAACUCAUCACCAUGGCAACAAAUCACAACAUUGCUAUUGUCUUCACCAACAACAUGACCACUCGGCUGACAGGCACCCAAUCACAUCUGGUGCCGGCACUUGGAGACAGCUGGGCGCACGCCCCUACCACCCGGCUCCUCCUACAGUGGGAAGGGUCACAGCGGCUAGCGUUAGUCCUUAAAUCCCCAGGUCACAUGGAGACCAUCGUCCAGUACCAGAUCACCUGCGAGGGCUUCAGGGAUGCUGACCAAUCACAGCAGUGACAGAGCAAAAGGUCUUGAACGCUCAUCUACCAAUCAGCUUCCUCCUCAUUAAACGGCAGUCUUUGUCAUCUGACUGGACAGACAUUCAGUAAAUCAGGUGUUCUACCUAUUUGCCUCUC